AAGAUGGAAGAGAGUAAAGAUCUUGAACGCAGAGGCCCAGACACUGAUCUGAUUGAAAUCUCAAAGAAUUACUUCGAGAAUAUGAUUAAUAUGUGCGAUGAGAGAAAAGCCCUCAUUUUGGACGAGGACACACUGGGUUAUAUCUCUUUGAACUAUUCCAGAUCAAACUUAUUGGAGAAAAACGUAUAUUUCUUUGAUGUCAUUGAUCGUAAAGGCACUGAGAAGCUUAAUCAUUUGGUAGCCAUCUUCUUUGUGAGAAACACCAAUGACAAUUUUCAGAAAAUCAAGGAAGAGCUUGAAGAUCCCUUGUUUGGUGCUUACUAUCUUGUCUUUGCUAAUCCAAUUGAAGAUGAAAAAUUACGUGAGCUAGCAGAAGCUGAUAGGUUUGAUAAGGUCAGAAGAGUCUUAGAAAUUUUCGCUGAUUUUUAUGCUGUGAAUAGAGAUCUGUUCUCCUUCAAUAUCCCUACAUCAAUGGAUCUAUGACUUCACGAAUCAGCUAUGACUCCUGCUACUCAUGUCAAGAACAAUAGAAUCUUGCAAGGUUUAUUAUCAGUAGUUCUGUCAUGCAGGAAGCAGCCAUAUGUAAGAUUCUCAAAGCAUAGUAAUCGUGCUGCUAAACUGGCUGACUCUUUUGUCAGUUACAUGUCAAGUGAAGAUGAACUGGUAGCUAGAUCAUCAAAAGACGAUGAAAAGUGAACCCUUCUGAUCCUUGACAGGAAGGAUGACCCUGUUACUCCUCUUCUCAACCAGUGGACUUAUCAAAGUAUGGUCCACGAACUGAUUGGUAUCACCAAGCACAGAGUAAAGCUCGCUGACAAGAAGGAAGAAAUCGUUUUGAAUCCUGAUGAAGAUGAAUUCUUUAAGAAAAAUAUGUACAAAAAAUUUCCUGAAGUCCAGAAGGAACUCGAAGUAUUGCUCACACAGUUCAAGGAGAAGGAGAAAAGCAGAGCCAAGAUUGAUAACAUCAAAGAUAUGCAAAGGAUGGUUGAGAAUUUCCCAGAGUUCAAGAAAUUUGCAGGAAAAGUUACGAAGCAUUACUCAGCAUUUGGUGAAUGUAGUGACAAGAUCACUAAAAGAAAGCUCUUCUCUGUAUGUGAACUUGAACAAGAUAUUGCUGUUAAGAAUUCCAAGUCUGAACAAGUCAAAGAGAUGAAAGAGAUUCUUGAAGACCCUGAAGUUGAUCAAUUUGAGAAGAUCAGAUUAGUAAUGUUAUUCUCUCUGAGAUAUGAAGGUGACUCUAAUGUCAAAAAGUUUAGAACAAUGCUCCGGGAAUCCAACAUUAGCCCUGAUCAUAUUGAUUUUAUUGACUUUCUAAUCCAAUAUGCAGGGAAGGAUAAGCGCUCAAACUUCUUAUUUGGGAAAAAUACUGGCCUACUUAAAGGAGCCAUGGAUUUGAUCAAGUCUAACUUUACAGAAGAGGACGAAAGUGUUUACACCAGACAUAAAUCUUGACUGUUUAACAUUAUUGGGCAGAUGGUUAAAGGAAAAUUGAGUGAGUCUGAUUUCCCAUUUUCUACACAGAGCCCAAGAGAUACCAAGACCAAGGAUAUCAUUGUCUUCAUUUUAGGAGGAGCUACCUACCAAGAAGCCAAGGAAGUUGCUGAUUUUAACAACUCUGAUCCAAAUUUCAAUGUGAUUCUUGGUGGAACUACAGUUCAUAAUUCCAAGAGUUUCCUUGCAGAAGUAACAGAAGUUAGAGAUUACGGACUUUAGUUAACAAAAUUCAAUCAAAA